UGUUACACUUCAGUCGCGAGCUUUGGUCUUUAUAUCUUAUGUUAACGAUGUCGGUUAAACACGAAAAAAUUGGUAUUAUUGGCAGCGGCUUAAUUGGUCGUAGCUGGGCUAUGCUUUUUGCAAGCGUAGGAUAUGAAGUAAUUAUUUACGAUAUUGUACAAGAGCAAAUUACGAAGGCUCUUGAAGACAUUCAGCAGCAAUUGAAACGUCUUGAAAAUAGCGGUCUUUUACGAGGUUCACUUACCGCGGAUCAACAAAUUCAAUUAAUUAAAGGGUCAUCAAAUUUGACCGAAACUGUAAAGGGGGCUAAGCUUGUUCAAGAAUGUGUACCUGAGAACUUACCAAUGAAACUGAAACUCUACAAUGAACUUGACAGUAUAGUCGACGACAAAGUAAUUCUGUCCUCUUCUACGUCUACAUUCCGCCCUUCGUUGAUUAGCGAGAAAUUAAAACAUCGUGGUCAAUUACUUGUGUCGCACCCGGUGAAUCCCCCAUACUAUGUGCCGCUGGUAGAAAUUGUUCCUGCACCAUGGACUCGACCUGAACUACUAACACAGGUGAAAGCUAUAAUGACUGAAAUAGGCCAAACACCUGUUGUAUUUAAUAAAGAACUUGAUGGAUUUGCGCUUAACCGUAUACAAUACGCGAUUUUGAACGAAGCAUGGAGAUUGGUAGCUGAUGGCGUAUUAAGCGCGAAAGAUGUAGAUGCAGUUAUGAGCGAGGGUCUUGGAAUGCGAUACGCCUUCCUUGGUGCCUUUGAAGCCGCACAUUUAAAUGCUGAAGGAAUGAAGAAAUAUUGCGAAACAUACAAAAAUUCGAUCUACGAUACCAGCAUGACUUUCGGUCCAACUCCUAAAUUUGAAGGCGAGAUGGCAGAAAAGAUUAGUAAUGAGCUUAAUGAAAUGUGCCCAUUAAACAAACUUCAAGAGAGACGUGCCUGGAGAGACGAAGCUUUGACCAAACUAUCUGUAUUAAAGAAAGAACUGAAUAAAAAAGUAUAAGUUACUAAU